GGCGUCGCGUUGUCCGGCUUCUCGCGACAUUUUGCUUUAGCACAGGAGCGGAUUUCAAAUAAUGAGCGGCUAGCGACUUAAGGGUUUGGAGUGUGCUGCUGUGAAUUUUUUUACUGGCUUUUAAUAUGUCUUCCGUGGAAGAAGACGAAGUCCCACUGCUGAAAUGCAAGCUGAAAGAGAUGGAGGAGCAGCUGCAGAAGUCUGCGCAGUAUGGCUUGCAGCUUCUGGAUGGACAGCAGGAGCUGGAGAACCGUAUAGAGGAGGAACGUAUAGAGAUGACAAACACCUUGGAGGCGCUGGAGCAGGAGAAAUACUCCCUUCAGCGUGAGGUGGAGCUGAAGAACCGCAUGCUGGAGAGCCUGCGCUCCGAUUACGAGGCUGUGAAGAGCCAACAGAGGCUGCAGCUUGAGCAGCUGGAGGCCCAGCUGGAGAGGAGCCACGCCGUGGCCCUCAGGGACCGCAGGGACAAGAUUGAGCACCUCCAAGCGAAGCUGGAGGAGACCAGGUUGAGUGAGACGCAGCUGAAGCACAGGCUGCAGCUGCAGACGGAGGCCCUGAGCAGCAAGACGGAGGAGCUGAGGGCCGCGACGGAGCGCGCCCAGGACACCGUCUCCUCAGAGAUGAUGGAGCUGCAGGUGGAGAGGAUGGAGCUGGAAUCUGUAACGGGUGAGCUGGAGAGCUCCCUACAGGAUGCCCAGUACAGGCAGCAGCAACUGGAACUGACCAACAGCAACCUCCAGCGGUGUCUGGAGCGCCUCACGGAGGAGAAGGAGGAGCGGGAGAGGGAGGCCGUCUCCUGCUUCAACGCCCUGGAGAAAGCCCGGGAGGCCAACCAGGACCUGCAGAUCCAGUUGGACCAGGUUCUACAGCAAGCCCAGGACCCCAACAGCAAGGGAAACUCCUUAUUUGCUGAGCUGGAGGACAAGCGGGCGGAGAUGGAACGCCAGUUGAUCAGCAUGAAGGUGCAGCACCAGUCGCUGCAAAAGCAGCAUGCCUUCUCCAAGCAGCAGCUACACCGUGUGAAGGUCCAGAACGCCACCCUAAUGCAGCUGCUGGGGUCCCGUGCUGACCCUGCCCAGCUUGAAAGACUCCAGUCCAUGUUGUCAGAGAAAAACAGUGAGAUCCAGGCCCUCAUGAUCCAACUACGACGCCUGGAGAAAGUGGAGUUAUCAUUGAAGGCCCAGCCGUCAUCUGCCCCAGCAGCAGAGGUUGCAGAUGAAACUUACUACACUGACCUGCUGAAGAUGAAGCUCUCCAACGCAGCGAAAGAUGCGGAGCGUCUAAGUGAAGAGCUGUCCAUGCAUCGGAUGAAGGCCUUGGCUGAGAGCCAACGGGCCCUGGAGUUGGAGAGGAAGCUGUUCAGUUCCGAGCGGGCCCUCAAGCAGAGCCAGAGCGACAGCAUCCGGCUGCAGCUCAGGCUGGAAGAACUGCGCCACAAAUACGAGCCCAACGAGUCUAAUAAGCUCCGCCCCCAGAAGAGGAGAAGGGAGAAGAUACCCUUGGAUCCGCCGCCUCCUGCCCUCCCUCUGGAGAUCAAAGAGGAGGAGCCCGUUGUCACGGCGCUUCAACUGUUGAACAGCAUGAUGGAGGAGUCGAAGGUCAACAACGGUCACCCUGUUGCCACGAAGACUAGUGUUGUCGAGGAGACGCCUGUGGUCAAGGAGACUCACGCUGUGGCUGUGCUGCCCCUCAGCCUCCCUCAGCCCCUCCACAGUAGGACCGUCCGCAUCUGUGACGACCCCCCCACCACCAUACCCAGGUACCCAGAUAUUGACUACAUAACAAAGACGGAGGUGGUCAUGGAUGAAGACAGUGUGAACGGAGAGAGGAGGAUGCUGGGAGGAGAGCAGGGUGGGGGAGUGGAGAAGAGGAUAGAGCUGGAAAACAUGGAAGCAGAGGAGAGGAAGCCAGAGGAAGGAGAGAACAGACAGAGAAGAAAGAAGCAAAAACACCAUGAAAUCAUCCAUGUCACAUCUGAGAACACUAUGGAGAAUGAGUGUGCUCAACAGUAGUGUCUAGACACUCCUGUCUAGAAUGGAGAUUUUGUAAACUAUAUACUUUUGUUUAUACCUUUUAAUAAAACAUUAAAGAUUAAAUUUUAAGGUAAUCUGUAAGGUACUG